UUUGUGCUCUAAUUUUUCUAAAAAAUAUUUUUUAAGUAAAUUAAAUUUAAAUUAAAUUCUCUCCAUAAAAUAAUCUAAUCUAAUUUUCAACGUAAAAAAUGUGUGAACUACGAAAAAAACAUGCAUUAAAUUUUCAUUACGAUAGAACAAAGAUGCGUUUUAUUAAAAAGUCAAGAUGGGAAUUACCAAACGCAAAAUCAGAAUCUUAUUGGAAUGAAGUGUGCAAUGAUUUAGAAAGAAAAGUACGAAAACCAUUUCAAUGUAAUUCACGACAACUUCGACGUGUUCUACCACUUAAAUUAUAUAAUAAAGUGGCUACAAUUCUCAAUAUGCCUGUUUGGUAUCCGAAAAAUGUUACGGAAACUGAAAUUGACGUUUCAAAGGAUAAUAAUAUUAUUGUGAACAAUGAAAAAAGUACCAGUGAUUUGUCAACUGAUUUAAUUGUACAUCCACCGUCCGAAAAUCAAUCGUCACCUGAUAAUCGUAAAGUAAACGAUUUAAAUCCAUAUGCCCGUUUUUUAAAAAAACCGCGACGAAAGGCUGUAAUAUGGCGUCCCUUGAAAAAGGAGGAUUUAAAAGGUUACAAUCCAGACGCUUCAUUACAUAAUAGGGCUACUAAAAUCACUGACAAAAUUUGUCACGAUUUUUGCGAAUGGCUACGUGAAUUAAGUGGUCCUUUAGAACGUAUCAAUGAAGAAGUUCUUAAAGACAUGUUUCAAAUAAUUUUCACCGCCGACGCAUGUAAAUCCACAAAGGUACUUGUAAAGGAAAUGCCAACGGUACCAAAACCAGUUGCUUUAAUAAGAAACUCGGCAAAUGCCAUUGAACUUGAAAUGACUCGUAAACAAUUGAUUCAUGAUAGAAUUAUUGAAAAUAAAGCAAAAAAAACAUAUGCAUUUGGCACAGCUUUACCGAAAAAAUUACGUUUCAUUCCACCUAGAAAUCAAGUAAAUGACAAAUGGUUUUCACGUAAAAAUAUAUCUCAUGAUCUUGAAAAAAUGGAAGUUAUUUGGCAUGGAAUUAAACAUUUAGAAAUUACUAAUCGAUAUGCUCAUUGGUUAAAAAGUAAUACAAAUAUUAAAGUACCGGACAUUUUGAAUUAUGAUCCUCAAACAACUGUUUCAGUUUCAAAAUUUUCACAAGCUGAUACAAUUGCUCAUGAGGAAUAUGAACAAAGAAAUAUUAUCUAUCACUGAAGUGUAUAACUUAAAAAUUUUAUUUAUAAUUAAUUAUAAUUUAAUUUUUUUAUGUUU